GUACCAUGUUAUGAAUCCUCAAUUUGAAUAUUCGCGCACUUUCUCGUUGUACUUUAUAAUGGCUGCGUCUGGGGAGGACGUUAGCCAGGCGCACAACGGCAGCACUAGAACGAGUGAUACACCGUCGCUCGCCGCAAAAGAAGUGGGUACCAUUGUACGCAAACUCAGCUUCAGCGGUGCUAUCAUGGACGAACAAGAGGUAGAAGAAGAGGAACAGCAAGGCGACGGCACAGAGCAGGAGCUGGAACAGCAGCAGGAGGCCAAGAUGGAUACCAACAAGGUGCAGAUCGUUAUUCGUCUCAGACCGCUCGAAGCGGCCUCUAACGAGACGGAGCCCGACUGUUUUCGGGUGUUGUCGGACGUGUCGCUACUGGCUCAACCGCCUAAGACGUCGCAAUCCUAUCGCUCGACUGGGACGGCCACGAGCUUCCAAUUCUCGCGCAUUUUCCGUCAAGAGACACAGCAGACGGAGCUGUUUGAGGCCACUACGAGACCCGUGCUGGACGCGGCCUUCGACGGAAAGAGCGGCCUCGUCUUUGCCUACGGAGUAACCAAUUCAGGCAAGACGUAUACGAUCAGUGGAUCGAGUGAAGCGCCCGGUGUGCUGCCACAGGCAUUACAGUACGUGAUGGACGAGCUACCCAAGCGCAAGGAGGGCGACAAACAACUGAUAACGAAAGUGACAGCCACAUACCUUGAGAUCUACAACGAGAACGUGUUCGACUUGUUGUCACCUGCAAUUCGGAAGAGAAGAGCGCUACGUGUACAGGACUGCGACGGCAAAAUUCAGGUCCGAGGAGCUGUAGAGAAACCCAUUAAAACGCUGGAGGAAGGUCUGGAGCUGCUGGAAAUGGGUCGACGACAUAAGCAGGUGGCCGAGACCAACUACAACUCGGACUCAAGUCGUAGUCACUGCGUCUUCACGCUUCAUUUGUAUCACCAGACAUCGCGCUUCUCUUCGGAGCUGCGCAGUAAGGUGUCGAUCGUUGAUCUGGCAGGGUCUGAACGAGGCUCCAAGAGCGGUGCAACGGGGCUACGUAUGCAGGAGGCCAGCAAGAUUAAUGGUUCGUUGAUGAACCUGAUGCGUUGUCUGGAGACUUUGAGGUGGAACCAGCAACACCCGCCGAGCUUACAAAAGAUGGUCCCGUUCCGUGAGUCCAAGCUAGCGCGACUUUUUCAGGAGAAUCUUGUGGGCAACGAUCACGGUCCCCUGGUGAUGAUUGUGGCAGUGAAUCCAUCCAGCCAUGAGUUUGACGAGACUUUGCGUACUUUGAAAUACAGCGCCGUUGCACGGGAGUUAGUGAGGACACGAACAUCCAUCCCUAGGAAAGCUGCUCCGACAGCUACGUUUUACGACCUGGAUGGUCGAUUGAAGAAGAGAAAGCGGCAGUUGAUGGAAGCACUCGAAACACAAGCAUCGAAAGCACCCGUGGAUCGAGGGGUAGCAGCUACUGCUUCAUCACCGCCCAGGCCUAAGGUCAAGCGUCGAAAGAGUGACUCUGCUCGCCGUCGGCAUCGCUCGCUCGCAGCUCCAGUAGCGAAGCCGACAACAGCAGAAGUAGCGACGUCACCAAUGGAGUCACAAAGAGAGGUCGCCGAGAGAAAUCUGCAUUGGGCCAAACUGGAGCUGGAGAAUGAGGAACUCCGACAGCAAUUAACACAGAUCCAAGCUGAAAAGAUGCAGAUGGAGGUUCGUAUUCGCGAAGAAAUCGGCAACGAAAUGCGGGAGCAGUUACAGCAGAUCCGUGCUCAGUAUCAAAGUAUGUCUCGCAUACAGCGCGAGGAUCUACCCUCUGCACGUAAAAAGCGCGAGCGUCAGCAUGCGGAAGAAACUGAGAAGCUGCGUGCUCAUGUACAGGAGUUGCGUGAAAAGGUAAAAGAAUGCGAAGACGAGAUUCAGCGCAUCCACAAACGUCACCAAGCUGAACUUGACAAAUUGCAGCCAACACUUGUACCAGUACCUGUAGAAGACGAGAGCAUGUGAUGGGCGCGUCAUUAUAAAAGCUUACCGAAAGAAAACUAAUUCUACCGUGUUUUAGUAGUUUAUCGCUGUCAGCUUAACGCACUUUCGUACGUUGGAACCAUAUACUUUAUGUUGAUAAACGCGUCAUCGCCUCCUGUUCGUUCAAGCAUCUCAAGCGUUUCCAUGAUCACCUCGCCGAGAUCUUGUGAGCGUUGCU